CCCCCCCAUAACUGGAUUCCCAUAGAACCCCCAGCCCUGGGACCACCAUAGGGCCCUGGGUCCCCCCCUGCACACAUAGGGACCCCCUGGCCCAGGGCUGUGGGUGCUGGGGGUGCUGGGGGGCGCUGAGCCCCCCCGGUGCCCCCCAGCUGAGGGCCAUGAGGCGGCGGGGGGAGCGGGCACCCCGGGAGAAGGCGGCUGCGGAGGAGACGAAGAGCCCGGGGAGGAAGGCUGAGCAGGGCGCAGAGGAGUACUGCUGCAGCGGGAUCCUGGAGCAGGAUUUCCCCGAGCUCUGCACCCGCGCUGGCAUGGCCACCGUCCCCAAAGUCACCCUCCGGCCGUCCCCCAGCUUCCCUGCGGAUGAGGAGCCCACCGAGCCCACGCUGGUGGGGGUCCUCGCCCGCAUCGAGCGCAAGUACAGCUACUUCCAGCCCUGCAUCCAGGUGGAGAGGGAGCCCCAGGACCCCCGGAGCACCCGCGCCGUCUUCCUGCGAGGCUGGAAGAUGGAGGAGCCCAUGCUGGGGGUCCUGAGCCAGUGCCUGCCCACCCUGGCCGGCUUGCAGGCAGUGCACCUCUGGAAGGUCGGGCUGUCGGAGCGGCUGCUGCCGGUGCUCCUGGCACUGCUGGCACGCUGUCCUCGCCUGCGGACCCUCAGCCUGGAGGGGAACCCCCUGCCCACACCGGCCUUCCACACGCUGAUGGGGAGCGACAGCCCGCUGGUUCACCUCUCCCUGCGCAACAACCACAUCGGGGACGAGGAUGCUCAGCUCAUCGGGAAGGGUCUUUCCACGCUGAGCCCCUCCGGCCGCAGCCUGGCCUCACUCAUCCUCAGCUUCAACCGCAUCUCGGACCUGGGGGCUGCCUACAUCGCCAGGGGCUUGCGUUUGAACCGCUCCCUCCUCUUCUUGUCCCUGGAGAACAACGACAUUGGUGACGUGGGGGCCACCAGGCUGGCUGAGGUCCUGGCACCCUUCGCGCUGACGCACGACGAGGUGGUGGAGCGGAGGCGGCUGCUCCUGGCAGAGGCGCUGGGACAGUCCUGCACGACCCCAAAAGAGACCAAGGGCCAGAGUGAGGAUCCUUCCAGCGCAGCCCCUGACAAGCUGCCCUGGGCCAAGCACGGCAAACCCCCCCCCAAAAAAAAGGAGCUGCUGCAGAAGGAGGAGGGCAGGCAGCGCAAGAAGUCACCGGAGCCAAGAGCUGCCCGCGGCAGAGAUCCAAAACCACGCCGCCAGGAGAAGCCGAACCUGGAGGCGCCAGAUCCGGCCGAGCUGCCUCACCCGCUGCUGGCAGAGGCCAGGGAGCACAAGGGCAGCGUCAUCCUGCCGGGGAACCGGGCGCUCCUCAACCUCAACCUGGCCUACAACCAUGUCACCGAGCGGGGACUCGGCGCCUUCCUGGCAGCGCUGGAGGAGCAGCAGCGGGAGAAGAAACCAAAGGUGCCGGGGCAGGAGGGGCUGCUGUGCCUCUCCCUGGAGGUGAGCCGGGUGGGCCGUGGGGCUGGCACUGCUGUGGGGCUGGCAUCACCAAUGGCAUGUGGUGGGGGCAUCGCCGUGGGCUGGCAUCACCCGUGGGCACACGGAAGCUGCUACCAUCGGAAGGGAACAACAAUAUUAUUCUUAAGCGCACCCAGCCUGCGCCAUCCCAGCGGGAACCGCAUCGCAAAGCCCCCGGAGCUGCUGGGAAGGCGGCUGCUUCUGGGGAGGAGCCCGGCAAAGCCACCCUGGACCCCCCAGUCGGACACCGAGCCCCUCACCUACCUCCUCGGUGCUGCUGGCGAGGUCUUCGGUGCUGAGUAA